AUGGCAACAAUUGCCACACCAGCAUUUCCUUCUACCAAGGAGACAACCAACUAUGCUCGACUCUGUCGCCUUCUGGUGGAUGUUGGAUCUCAAGCCUUGAGAGACACUUUUGAUGCCAUUCACCCUCCAGUAGGACUUCACACAGUUUUGGGGCGUCACCCAGAGCAUGCAACGCUAAAGUCUCUAAGGAACAAGAGGAUCUUGAAUGCUACGCAAUGGGGGAAACUGUAUCCAACUAUUCCAUCAUCUGUUUCAUCAGCAGGGUUUGAUAUCACACUACUGAUGGUGUUACUGAGGAACAUCUGUAAAUUGGCCCCUCCCAGCACCGGAUGGGAUAGUCUUCCCCACCUUGCAGACGUGAGUAAGCAGGCCAACAUCGCCAGGUUGAAAUACUACCGUAAUACUGUGUAUGGCCAUGCCAGCCAAGCCUCUGUGGACGAUGCUGCAUUCAACAACUACUGGCAGGAGAUUAGCAAUGCCAUAGUAGGACUGGUAGGAGGAGGAGGUUAUGGAGCUGUUAUCAGUAAGCUUAGGAAUGAGUGCAUGGACCCUGAUACUGAAGAACACUAUAGGCAGCUGCUGAAGCAGUGGAAGGAAGAUGAAGACAAUAUUAAGGAAAAGCUCCAAGAUAUUGAAGAAAAAAUGACAAAUGACAUUGAUCAGAUGAGAAGUGAAGUUGGAAACAUACAAGACAAGUUGGAGACCUUAGUGAUGGCCCGACAAGAGGAAUCACAGUAUCAAGGUCUGUUUGUGUAA